GUUCCCCAUGGCGACUGGACAAUGGUCUCUGGAGGUCCAACAUGUGCCUAUAAAGUGUAAGGCUGCAUCGUGUACGUAAUAGUGUAGUUUGUACACGGCGGACUCACAACCCUAAAGUCUGGAAUUUCCUUGCCCAGGCGACUGACCACAGUGCUAGAAAGCUCGCAUGCGAUCGACUGCAAAGAAUUGAGCUGCUCAGGCGCCCAAUCGAAGGCGGCUUGGAAUCAGUGGAUCAUAGCGGCAAGGGGGCUCGGUUUAGAGAGACUACUAUGGUAAAGAGGCGAGUUCGGGUAACUUUGGGAGCCUGCUCGACAUUUACUCCUUCUACCCGUCGAUUGGCUGUGGAUGAUCAGAUCAGUCGAAUGGCAUUUAAAAUGAUACCUUCUCCGUACUUUCUCUUCAAUACCUGGCUCGGCCGUAUUGUGUACCUAGUGCUCUGGUAUCCCAUGCGUCAAUUGCAUCCACGGUCCCCGCGCAUCGACGGUUGCGAACUAGAGGCAAGACAUCCAUUCGACCAUUCCAGCGUUCAGGGUCGAUUUCCGGCCCUUACCGAAUCACUCGGUUGUUUGCCCUCCCGCCUCAUUAGCGUUAUGACCAAUUCCCUGCCACGAACUCCCUACGCUAUGAAAAGUGUUUGAGUUCUUUGGGAGUGCGGGAGCCGACCAGCCGAG